UUUUGUCUAAAAGGAGUUAAAAAAAGAAUCUAAAAACAAUCAGAACGAUAUUUGGAACCUGUUGUCAAGUCUCUAAAUGAUACCCUGCUGGAAGUCAUUGGGUUUUCCAGCAUGAUUCCGCUCCAGCUCACAAGGCCAGGUCAACUAAGCAGUGGCUGCAAAAGACCAUUCCAAAGUUUAUAUCUGCCUCGGAUUGGCACUCAGGAGGCCCUGAUAUCUACCUACCAGAUUAUCGGCUUUGGUCUGAACUGGAUAAGAUGGAAUACCACAGAGCACACCCUAACUUGGAAAGCCUCAAACCGAGCAGUUGAGCGCUUUUCUCAAGAAGUGCUGCGUGCUGCUAUUGAUGACUGGCGGAGAUGA